AUGUGGACUUCCCGGAUGACGACCUCCAUGACCUCUAUGGCUGUACCAAGUUCAGGGCCACAGGUCAGACAGCAAACACCCCGGCUUGCAUUCCUGGCCCAAAGGCGUGGCCCAAGUCGAGGUGACAGCACAUCGGUGCCACCGCCACCCACAGAAACGUCGAAGCGCAAGAAAAAGGCGCCCGCCACAGAGCCGCGCGAGCGCAAACGCACCAGAGGGGAGGCCACUGACAAGCAUGGGGGAGAAGAAAGUCUUCGGCAGCUCAUUCGGGCAGCUUUGGACGAGGAGUUGGAUGCCUUUGUCAGUCCAGCUCUGGACAAGGUGCGAGGCAGCGAGAAGAACAAAGAGCCAGAUCCACGAGGUGCUCUGCGUGACCUUGUUGCACAAGUGCAGGGCCUCGCGGACGUCAGGCGUUUCGUUGACGAGCAGUUGGCCGCGGAUUUGGGUUCACGCGUUCGGGCUUGCUGUGCUGCUUCCAAGGGGCGGAUGGCAGCAGCGGCAGCUCCGACCCGUCAGGCUACCUCGCAGCGCCUGCCACUGGCCGCGGCCUCGGUCCCGCCACCGUCGCGGCCGAUGCCCACCCCGACGGCCAUCACCUCAAGUCAGGCAUCCGGGCGCUCG